GCCCGGCCUCCGCUGGCUACCCCUGGCCGGAGCUGCCACGGGCUUCGGCAGCUGCCCGGGGACGCUUAUCCCGGGCUGGAGUCCCGACUUGCUUCCCCGAUACAGAUCGAUCCCGUUGCCUUCCCCGGGACGCCACCGAUCUUCUCCAGGAUCCUUUUCCUCCGUAACCUGCUGUUUUUCUUUUUCCUUCCUCCCGGCUCCCAUCUCCCGAAUCCGCAUUUCCCUCCCCUGCUCCUGGGCCCCCGUAGCCGACCAUCCUCAUCAUUCCACCUGCCAUCCUCCUGACUUCCGCCCUUCCUUGGCCUCAAAUCCUUGACCGACAGAGCCCUGCCAUAACCUUCUCACCAGGCUCUCCUAAACUCCUUUUUCUUCUCUCUUUGCCAGCUCCUGACUCCCAAAUUCCAGCUAACCCUUGACCUCUUGACAUUUGACCCUAACAGUCUCCGCUCCAGACCUCUCAAUUCCUAUCUCCUGCAGCCCGGACUGCUAAGACUGAGGCCCUCCCCCUGAUUUCUGAAGCUCAGUUUUACUUUUUUACUCCUGGGCCACUUCCUGUUACUGCUACCCCACCAUGGACUUCUUGAUGAGCGGCCUGGCAGCCUGCGGGGCCUGUCUGUUCACCAACCCCCUGGAAGUGGUAAAGACCAGGAUGCAGCUGCAGGGAGAAUUGCAGGCCCCGGGCACCUACCAGCGGCACUACCGAAACGUCUUCCAUGCCUUCAUCACCAUCGGCAGGGUGGACGGCCUGGCUGCCUUGCAGAAGGGACUGGCCCCCGCCCUCUUAUACCAGUUCCUGAUGAAUGGCAUCCGCUUGGGCACCUACGGGCUGGCUGAGGCUGGGGGCUACCUGCACACUGCCGAAGGCACCCUCAGCCCUCCACGAAGCGCAGCAGCUGGGGCCCUGGCUGGGGUCAUGGGAGCCUACUUGGGGAGCCCCAUCUACAUGGUGAAGACACACCUACAGGCACAAGCAGCCUCGGAAAUUGCGGUAGGGCACCAGUAUAAGCAUCAGGGCAUGUUUCAGGCGCUAAGCGAGAUUGGCCAGAAACAUGGUCUGGUGGGGUUGUGGCGUGGGGCCCUGGGCGGCCUGCCCCGAGUUAUCAUCGGUUCCUCCACCCAGCUGUGCACCUUCUCAUCCACCAAGGACCUCAUCACGCAGUGGGAGAUACUUCCUCCCCAGAGCUGGAAAGUGGCUCUGGCAGCUGCCAUGGUGAGUGGCAUUGCGGUGGUCCUGGCCAUGACGCCAUUUGAUGUGGUCAGCACGAGGCUCUACAACCAGCCCACGGACUCUCAGGGCAAGCAUCUUUGAGUCCUUUGAGCUUCGCUCGCUUCCUGUGAUAAAGCGUUGCCCUUGGAGUUCUCAUUGCCCCGAUUAAACGUCCAGCCGCAGGCCCCGCCCACUCCUCCAGCUCCGGCCCUCCCAUUGGUCAGCCGCGCGGGCACCGCCUCCCUCACCGCGCAGCCUCCUCUCCCUGCACGUGGGCCUGCUGCUCCAGAAGUUCCACGAUCAGGCUCUGGUCCGUCACGCGGUGGCAGAAGACUUCCUGAUUGUUCGGGACCGGCCGGAGAUCGCUGGAGAGAGGCGAGGCAGACCCCCGGGGUGACCCCCGCCGCUCCCCGCAUCCCACCCUGUCGGCCAGCGGUGCCCGCGCCUUCUCACCUCACGUCGAUGGCCCCGGGGGGGAGAGUGGCGGAGAAGGCCCCCCCAAACAGCGGAUAGUCUCGCGUGGGCUCCAUGCGCCUGGGACUAGGUUCGGGCAUUACAGAGAUGCACGAAAAACCCACGUGCGGCCCCGCCGCUUCCCCUCCGGCGUUUCGCCGCCGCCCUGGCGUCUCCCUGGCUGUCUCCGGGCCACCCUAGCCCCGCCCCUUGAGCGUUUGGUCCCGCCCCGCGGUCGCGUUGGCCAAUCGGCGCCUGCGUCUUCGGGGCGGUGCCCGGCGGGGCGGAUCCCGGAAGCCACGCUCUCCCGGGGGCCCCCCACCCUCGACCCCGGCGUCUGCUGAGAGCUCUGAUCUCGGUUUGGGAAUAAUGAUGCCCGCCUGCUCCCGAGCUCGCGCCCACCCGUCUCCUCUUUUAAAAAGGGUCGCACCUCCUAAGAUUGUCGCCUGAGACCCUCGUUAGGGGCCCUUGCUCGUGCCAGGGACCGGCAUCUAGAUGGGGUCUCCUGAGUCCGGGGAGAAUAGUUUGAGGGUCUCGCAACUCUCUCUUUGGGGCCCCUUGAUGGCAGCGAGCUGCAAACCAGACCGCUAAUUCCCGGAUGCGGGGAAUUAGGGAUACAGUGGGGCCAGGUGUGGGGCCUGGUUAGGAUUCAGGCCUCAUGCUUUCCUGGACGCGAGACUCAACCCGGGGAUUAUAAUGCUUAAUCCCUCUUAAAUCUCGCCUUGAGAACGCGGUGGGGAGUGGGGAGGGUGGCUGCCCCAACACGCACCUGGAGGAAAACACGGAUUAAACCCUCUGUUGUUUCUCUUUUAUAGAUUUUUAGAAUGUUCUUAAAGUGUCUGCUCAGUGAUAUCCUGCCAGCUAAUGUCUCCAUUCAUGUUUGAUCCCCAGCACCGGGCAGAGUGUUUAGAACAUCAUAGACCCAUUCUGUAUUGUUAAAUGAUUCAAUAAACCCCACCCACGGGGUUCCAAGUGGGACUAUACUAUGG